GCCACCAAUAGAUACACACUUAAAUUAUAAUAGAAAACUAUUACUGACCACUUUGUUAGUGUUCAUAAUCCUCAAUUUCUUACUGUUAAAGGAAAAUUCUGAGCAUCCUUAAAGCUCCUUUUUAGAACUACCACUUUUAUCCAAAACUAAUUACAUUGCAUUCAGUAUAUAUACAUUUUAUACAUUUGUGCAUUCCCCGGGAAUCGAACCUAUGACUUUGGCAUUGCUAGCGCCAUGCUCUACCAGUGGAGCUAUAAGAACUCUAUUGACCACUGUCCCAGGCAACCAGUUUCCUACAUAGCUGUGCUAGUUUCUCUGAUAUCACUCCGCACUCUCUUUCUUAUCACAAAAUAAAAUAAUUUAAACUCAUAUCAGUAUUUCAUGUUUAUUUAUUUAUUUGUUAUGUAGCCAUGUAAUAAGCUGGAUAAUAAUCUGUAUAGUCAGUCAGUCAUUAUUAUCACAAAAUAAAUUGCUUUAGUAUGAUACAGUCCUCUUUUAGGUCUAUUUUGCGAUAAUCACCGUCUGCUUAUACAAUAUAUUAUCCUAUACUUAUUCAUCUUGUUUUCUUUGCAUUUUUCCAACCUGUUCCAUUUUUGCCAGUGUUUGUUGGCUGUCAGCUGUGUCAAUUCCGCUUGAUGUUUUUGUCCUUUUUGUAAUUGCUGAUUACUUUGAGUCACGCUCUGCAGUUGUGAAUAUUCAUGUUUCAUUGCCUUGCAAGGCUUUAGCCCUGUGUAUGCAUGCAGUGUCAACCAUUUUUCCAGUGAAGGCCAUGAAUUUGUUCACAACCAAUUAUCCAGGCUGUUUGUAUACAAGUAAGGCUCUCUGUUGAUUUGGUGCUUAUUUAUGUGCAUAUAUGUACACUAUAUUGCCAAAAGUAUUCGCUCACCCAUUCAAAUAAUUGAAUUCAGGUGUUCCAAUCACUUCCAUGGCCACAGGUGUAUAAAAUGAAGCACCUAGGCAUGCAGACUGCUUCUACAAACAUUUGUGAAAGAAUGGGCCGCUCUCUCAGGAGCUCAGUGAAUUCCAGCGUGGUACUGUGAUAGGAUGCCACCUGUGCAACAAGUCAGUCGUGAAAUUUCCUCGCUACUAAAUAUUCCACAGUCAACUGUCAGUGGUAUUAUAACAAAUUGGAAGCGAUUGGGAAUGACAGCAACUCAGCCAUGAAGUGGUAGGCCACGUAAAAUGACAGAGCGGGGUCAGCGGAUGCUGAGGCGCAUAGUGCGCAGAGGUCGCCAACUUUCUGCAGAGUCAAUCGCUACAGACCUCCAAAGUUCAUGUGGCCUUCAGAUUAGCUCAAGAACAGUGCGUAGAGAGCUUCAUGGAAUGGGUUUCCAUGGCCGAGCAGCUGCAUCCAAACCAUACAUCACCAAGUACAAUGCAAAGCGUCGGAUGCAGUGGUGUAAAGCACGCCACCACUGGAUUCUAGAGCAGUGGAGACACGUUCUCUGGAGUGACGAAUCACGCUUCUCCAUCUGGCAAUCUGAUGGAUGAGUCUGGGUUUGGCGGUUGCCAGGAGAACGGUACUUGUCUGUGCAUUGUGCCAACUGUGAAGUUUGGUGGAGGGGGGAUUAUGGUGUGGGGCUGUUUUUCAGGAGCUGGGCUUGGCCCCUUAGUUCCAGUGAAAGGAACUCUGAAUGCUUCAGCAUACCAAGAGAUUUUGGACAAUUCCAUGCUCCCAACUUUGUGGGAACAGUUUGGGGAUGGCCCCUUCCUGUUCCAACAUGACUGCCCACCAGUGCACAAAGCAAGGUCCAUAAAGACAUGGAUGAGCGAGUUUGGUGUGGAAGAACUUGACUGGCCUGCACAGAGUCCUGACCUCAACCCGAUAGAGCACCUUUGGGAUGAAUUAGAGCGAAGACUGCGAGCCAGGCCUUCUCGUCCAACAUCAGUGUCUGACCUCACAAAUGCGCUUCUGGAAGAAUGGUCAAAAAUUCCCAUAAACACACUCCUAAACCUUGAGGAAAGCCUUCCCAGAAGAGUUGAAGCUGUUAUAGCUGCAAAGGGUGGGCCGACGUCAUAUUAAACCCUAUGGAUUAAGAAUGGGAUGUCACUUAAAUUCAUAUGCAUCUAAAGGCAGAUGAGCGAAUACUUUUGGCAAUAUAGUGUAUUUGUAGGCGUUUUAGAAUACCUUAGCAAUGAUUUGUGUAGUUUCAUCCCCUGUAGCUUGUGCGGUUUAUUGUUCUCCUCAUGGAGUUCAUGACACAAAGUGAAUCUAUGGGUCUGUACUUUGUGCACAGCCUGAGGGCAACAAGGUUACAUAACCAGUCUGUACCUCUCUCUGCCCUUCUCCUUCCUGCCCCUGUUCUCACAAAGGCAGAGAUAUUUUUUAACGUGGGAGCGGAAGGAGAUGACAUUCCAUUUUUUUAAAAAGAUGUUAAUGUUUUUUUUUAUUGCAUGCUGAUCUCAGUUAAAGACCUCUUGAAAUUGCCUGACGAGUGAAUUUUUUUUUUCCCUGUGUUGACAUAUUUCCUGUUGAAACAGGAAGUUCGGUGCGGAACAUCUCGAAGGGAUUGCCACUUCUUUUUUUAAAAUAGCUAAUAGGCUUUAGUUAUGUUACAGUCAUAAACCAUGACUUGCUACUUGCUAGUUGGUUGCAGGUGGUAUUAAGAGGAGCAUUCUCAGUCUGGAAAGCAUCUGAGUGGACAAAAAAAUCUGUAGUGCAAGAUGAGACACCAAUAUUUUUGGUCCAUUUUCCCAUAAGUGUACAUUAAAAUAUGUAUCUAUUAAAAGUAAACGUUGUCGGCUUUAAAGCUUACAAAAGCAUGUAAAUGACUUCUUUUUUAUUUAAAUAUUUUGGAUUUUCUCCCCAAUUUGGAAUCUGUAAGUCCUUGUGGUGGUGUAGUGACUCGCCUCAAUCUGGGUGGUGUAGGAUGAAUCUCAGUUGCCUCCAUGUCUGAGAUCGUCAAUCUGCGCAUUUUAUCACAUGGCUUGUUGAGUGUGUUACCGCAGAGACCUAGUGUGUGUAGGCUUCACGCUAUUCUCCGCGGCAUCCACGCACAACUCACCAUGCGCCCCACUGAGAGCGAGAACCACAUUAUUGCGACCAUGAGGAAUUUAACACAACGUGACUCUACCCUCCCUAGAAACUGGGCCAAUUGGUUGCUUUGGAAGCCUGACUGGAGUCACUCAGCAUGCCCUGGAUUUGAACUUGCGACUCCAUGUGUGGUAGUCAGUGUCUUUUCUUGCUGAGCUACCCAGGCCCCCGAUUAUAUAUAAAUGACUUAUAAGAUAAUAGGCAUUGACUAAGGCCCUGUUUACAUCUGGUAAUUAGAUGUGUAGAUGUGUUCUGAUCACAAGUGGACAAGCAAGACAUACUGUAUUAACGAUUACACCUGGUUUUAAUGUGCAUCUCUACUGACCACUUGUGUUUGGAUUUUGAGGGGAGGGUCUCUGAUUUCUCGACGACAUACAUCAGUUACUAUGUCAGUGUAUUACUGCAUGAUAACAAAGUUUGUUGAUUGACAGUUGAACAUAGUUUACACUAUGAGCCCAAUGUGGUCACGUGUUUUUGACCACUUUCAUGAGGUUCUUGGGGCCUUUAAACAUGUAGCAAGCCAUCACUUUCUCACUUUACAGCACUCUUCUUUCUAUUUUUCUUCCUUACAUAUAACCAUACAUAGUUUACGGUGUCACACCAUUCUCCAGGAGUAUUGUUUAAGAAACUGUUCACCCUUUUGACGAAUAGCUUGCAGUUGGAGUGCAUCACACAUUCUGUUGCCAGUUAGGGAUAUAUGCCGUAAGCUUUGCACAUGAGGGAAUGUUUACCUUGGAAUCUGGAUGUAGAUUUUUGGUUUUGAGUGGCUCAGAUGGGCAGCCAAGACUCUGUAAUCUGUACUAAUCCCUUAUCAAAGAGAAGACUUACUGCAGUGAAUUCUGCUCAGCCAGCAAACUCGCCCCACAUGCUGGUAGACAGAUGUGGCUAAGGGACUGAGACUAUUUCACUGAUUCUGCGAUGAUCCUCUAGAUAUCGGUAUGAAUGUGGGACAGACGUGCAGCAUGCUUUUCCAAAUGCUUCUUAGCUAGGCAGACAUGGGCUCUUUAUAUUUCUCUUCUGGCUUCUAACUGUGGGCAUUUGUGCUUUGUGUUGUGUUGCAGUAUAUUUUGCAGUCUGACGAGUCGUUUGUGCUGUUCCGCUCCUGCUAUUUGUUUCUGACACCCUCUUAUCUUGAUGGCCCUGACAUUCCUUAAAUUAUACUGGCAGUUUCCCAGUACUUGCAUGUGCACCUUUAAACAGGAAAAGCCAAUAGGUUUUGGUUCAGGUGACCAAUCAUUGUCCUCUAUUUGCUGAACCAUGUCCUUCUUCUGUUCCCAUUGGUGGGCUUCCUGCCUGUGAUGAGAGACUGACAGUCCAGAAAGGCUAAGAAACACACUCAACGUCAUCUGUAAAUAGGCUACACACACAGGGAUGCGCUCUUACAUUUACAAACAGAGCUCUGUGAUUGGCUCGCAGGCGGAGCACACUGGGAUGAGGACAUACUAUUUUAGUGCGGACACACAGGAGGACAUGAAUGGCUGGGUCAAGGCCAUGAACCAGGCUGCACUCAUGCAGACCCAUACGGUGAAGAGUGAGGAGCUGGAUCAACCAGAUCAAGUGGAGAAACUCAAGCAGCAGGCUGUUCCUCAGAACAAUCACAUCAACAGCUACGUGAUUCCUGAACCUGAGGUAAUCCAGAGUGGUGUGCUGCUUGAGGAGAAGCCAGAGUGCUUUGUGGGAGAGAUCCAGGUUACCCCUAGAGAGAUGGAGCUGAUGAGGGGUAAAUCUCCAACUAGCAGGACGGUGGAGGUGGAGAUUGUAGCUCCAAUGUCAGCACCAGUGUCUCAAGUCCCUUCUCGAGCUCCUUCCAGGGCUGUCUCCACUCCUCCGUUCGUGCUGGGGAACGGAGCUCCCUUGGAACAGAAUGGAACAGGAAUGGUUGGGUAUCAGAGGGGGCCAACGCCUUCUUCUCAAACUCCAGUAAAGGUGCAGAGGAGGAGUGCUCUGGAACAGGUGGAGAACUGGGUCAAAGUGCAGAAAGAAGAGUGCCGGGGGUUUGUUUCUACUGAUGGCACUAUCCCACGUCAGACCCCUUCCAUUUAUCCAAAGUACGGCACAAUGGAGAAGUACCAGUCUUUACCUAAGACCACAUGGCUUAGCCCCCCUACUGCCCACCGUCAGGUACCCAGUGAAUACAAAUACUCCCAUGACCGGCUUAAUCACUUCCAACUGACCCAUGGAAACAGCCAGCGUCCCCCGACACACGACAAAACAGUGUGGCAGCUCUAUGAAUGGCAACAGAGACAGCAAUAUCGCCAUGGAAGCCCCACCGCCCCCAUAUACACUCCAGCUCCAGACUACUCCACUGCUGUAUCCUCCACCAGGGUCAACUCAGAUGUCUCUCGUUCCAUCUCUGUGCCUCCGACGCUGGCAGACAUCCCUCCACCUGGGCCACCAGGGCCCAGGCUACUGUCUCCUCGGAGACCCCACACACCCGCAGAACGCGUUACAGUCAAACCUCUGGAGAACAGACUUACUGUGGAGGUGCCACCAUCAAACUCUCCUCAACGGUCACGCUCAUAUAAGUCGGCCACAAUAGAGAGACGCUCAGUGCCUCCAUCUGGCUACAUCACACACACAGUCAGUGCACCCAGCCUUCAUGGAAAAACACCGGAGGAGCUCACCCUUCUCCUCAUCCAGUUACGGAGACACCAAGCCAUGAUGGCGGGUGUGCGCAAUGAUGCGCAGGCCCACCUCCAGCAGUUGUCACGGUCAAAGGCUGAUGAUACAUACAUGCACUUGAAGAAGGACCUGGAAUAUUUAGAUCUGAAGAUGAAAAGUUUAGAGCCAUUGAUCCUCAUGGUUCACGGUGUGUUACAAACCUGCACUGUGGGGGGUUUGAGACCGCUCUGGAACGUGAGUGGGACAGAGACUCUGAAAGGACGGCCAGCCAAGCCAGUAAAGGUGGCAGAAAGUGACGUAGACGUGACACUAAGUCGACUGUGUGAACAGGACAAAAUCCUGCAAGAGCUUGAGUUCAGGCUCAGUGGGCUGAAGAAUGAUAAGGACAAGCUGGAGUCUGUUCUUGAUAUGUCUCACCAGCAGAUGGAGCAGUAUAAGGAUCAGCCAGCUCAUGCUGAGAAGAUCGCCUACCAACAGCGUCUCCUACAGGAGGACCUGGUCCAUAUUCGAGCAGACAUUUCUAGAGUGUCAACGGAGAUGGAGAGAGCGUGGGAGGAGUACAGCAGACUGGAGCAGUCAGUGGAACAGCUGAGAGACAUCCUGCAGUCUCGGAUGAAUCUCUGCACAUCACCUCCGGAGAAAGCUCAGUUAAGGAGGGAGCUCUGGAGGAUAGAGGAUGUUAUGACCGGACUCAGUUCCACCAAAGAAACCUUUAAAAUCACCAUAGACUCAGUAAAGAACCCAGAGAGGAAACUUGUGCCUUCAGUGACCGAGUCAACAGUGCCUUCUCGGUGCAUGACCCCAGGAGCAGUUGAAGUGCGGUCACCCAUACGUAGUCUUACCUCCAGUCCAUUAUCACUGCCCCUGGACAAUGAAGCUAUCCUGCAGCAUUCUCAAGCUGUGCCAAAAUGGGAAGAGGAUCAUGCUCCACCCAGACCGCCUUUGCCCCUCGUCUAUGAUGAGGACACACCCCCUGUUGUCCCUCCCCUUCCAAAGGAAACAUCGGUCAUCAGACACACAUCUGUGCGAGGCCUCAAGCGACAAUCUGAUGAGAGGAAACGUGACAGAGAGAGCAACUAUAUUAAUGGAGAUUGCAGGGCAGAGCUACGGUCCUUCCUAAGUGAACCAGAGCUUCCUGGAAGUGACCGUGGAUCAGAUCAGGUGGACCCAGGCUAUCUGACUCUCCAAAGACGAGGUCUGUCAGGCUCCUCAUCCAGGAUAAACCAGUCCAGCACAGUUGCCUCCUCUUCACUGAGGAGAGGCGAAUCAGCAUUGCUCACAAUGGAGAGACCAAAGAGUGCCUUGGAGCGGCUGUGCUCAGGAGAGACUCAGCCUGAUCAUCCGCAGUUGCAGAGAGGGAGGAUGAGUGUGCAGGAGCAGCUGGAGAGAAUGAAACGGCACCAGAGAGCUCUAGUGCGUGAGCGCAAACGUAACUUGUGUCAGGGUGAGCGACAGUCCACCGGCUCCCGUGCCUCCACUCGACCCGUCAACUCUGACCCAGGAUCAGGCUGGGAGAAAGACAUUGCUUUGCAGCGACCAGAAUAUACAGUGCUGGAGAAAAACCGUCAACAGCCUGGAUCAGAUGAAUGGAUUACGGUUCAAGCAAGGCUAAUGAAAGAACAGGACAUGGAGCCUGUGGACUUUGAGCUUGAUCUUACCCGAGAGCUCUCAACGCCCCAGAAAGUGCCCAUUCCAAAGAGACUACCCGACAUUGAAUCAGAUGAAGACCUAAGUCCAGAGGAGAAGGAGGCUCGCUCUCAAAAUGUAGCAAAGAUAAAAGGCCUACUGUCCAGGUCAAGUGUGAAGUCUAUGGCAGAGCCUGCAGACAUGGAGCAGUUAGAUUUCAGUGAGCUGGAUAAUGUGCUGCAGCAGCAGGAGAGGAUCAUGAGCAUGCCUCUUGCUCUGGCCUCAGAGGCUUCUAUCAGGAGGAAGCAGUUCGCAGCCAGGGCGAGGCCUGAGGACUAAAACGUGUUGAGAAGCUAUCUUGGGUACCCAAAGAUCAAUUAUUUUAGUUUUUUAUAUCACAUAUUUAUAAUUUACAUCCAAUCUUUUAAGUACUCUGAUGUUCAAAAUGUUUUAAAUACAAGUUUUUAUUAAUUUUAUUGGUGCACUGUUUUGCCAAAUACAUUUCCAGUUUAAACAUAUCAAAAGGCUCUUUUCUAGAAAUGGUUUAGUAAAUUGUGCAUGCCGUUAUUUUUGUUAAAAAUCCUGUAAUUGUGCAUUAAUGUGCUUUAUAUUUUGCAGUGUUGUGUAUUGUAACAUAUAUCUGUUUUAACUGAUAAAAAUGAUCUAAAUUAAAAAAACACCUUUUUUGACACACAUUUGUUUCCAUUCACCAAAACUCAAUAAAUCUUUCAUUGUUGUUAUUAGA